CUCUCUCUCCCUCUCUGCUCCUCUCUCACACGCACAGAAUCCUCUGUCAUGGCGUCUUCCAACAAUGUUACUCCCACCAACUGUAGCUGGUGGCCCAUCUCAGCCAUGGACGAAGAUGGUAAAGUGACAGACGGAGAGGAGAGUCAAGAGCCCACGAUAGAACACAAGCCAUACAACAAAGACCAGCUCGUUCUGUAUCACUGGACUCAGUCCUUCAGCUCUCAAAAGGUGCGUCUGGUGAUCAAUGAGAAAGGGUUGCUGUGUGAAGAACGGGAUGUCAGUAUGCCUCUCACUGAGCACAAGGAGCCUUGGUUCAUGAGGCUCAACCUAGGGGAGGAAGUGCCAGUUUUCAUCCACGGAGACACUAUCGUCAGUGACUACAACCAAAUCAUUGAUUAUAUAGAGACCAACUUUGUCGGAGACACAGUAGCCCAGCUGAUUCCGGAUGAAGGCGCUCCAAUGUAUGAAAGGGUACAGCAGUACCGUGAGCUGCUGGAUGGACUGCCCAUGGAUGCUUACACACAUGGAUGCAUCCUGCAUCCUGAACUCACAAUUGACUCCAUGAUCCCAAAGUACGCCACCGCUGAAAUACGUAGACAUUUGGCCAAUGCAGCAUCUGAACUGAUGAAGUUGGACCAUGAGGAACCCCAGCUGACAGAGCCAUACCUCUCUAAGCAGAAAAAGCUCAUGGCAAAGAUCUUAGACCACGACAAUGUGAACUACCUGAAAAAAAUUCUUGGAGAGUUGGCAAUGGUGCUAGACCAAGUAGAGGCAGAGCUGGAAAAAAGAAAACUGGAAUAUCAAGGUCAAAAAUGUGAAUUAUGGCUUUGUGGACCUACUUUUACACUAGCUGAUAUUUAUCUUGGAGCCACAUUGCACAGGCUCAAGUUCUUGGGACUCUCAAGGAAAUUCUGGGAGGACGGGAGCCGGCCGAACCUGCAGUCGUUUUUUGAGCGGGUGCAGAAGCGCUACGCUUUCCGCAAGGUGUUGGGGGACAUCCACACGACCCUGCUCUCGGCAGUUCUACCCAAUGCAUUCCGAAUGGUAAAAAAGAAGCCCCCGUCCUUCUUUGGGGCGUCCUUCUUAAUGGGCUCUCUCGGGGGGAUGGGCUAUUUUGCCUAUUGGUUUUUAAAAAAGAAAUACAUGUAGUGAAUGUGCUCUUGUAGUGUUUUGUGUCUGUGUAUCUGUGCGAUGGUUGAACUUUUCGGUAACUGUUUUACGAGAGCAGGAAAAUCAAGACAAUAUACAGAGGUCAACACUAUUACUUACUAGGGUGAAUACUUAAAUAAAUAUAUAAUGAGAACA